AUGGAUUCCCAGAAGGAUAGCGAUGAAGAAGGUGCUGAAAAAUCUCCUCAGUCUCAUCAAACAUAUUUAUGUCAGGGCUUGAAACAACUCUACCAGGCUCAACAGCUCUGUGAUGUCAUCUUGGAGGUUGAAGGAAAGAGCUUUCCUUGUCACCAGAUGCUGUUAGCUUCCGUCAGCCCUUAUUUCAGAGAUAUCUUCAUAAAUUCCAACGGGUGGCAAAACAAGGGACUCCAACUCAAAGGCAUGGCCUCCUCCACUCUCCACCAUCUCCUGAAUUACCUCUACACGGAAGAGCUCUCCCUCACUCUAGAGACGGCCCUGGAUCUGUUCACCGCAGCUGGGAAGUUCCAGAUCCUCCCACUGAAAGAAAUAGCUGGAAGGUUUCUGGAGAAAAAUGUCACCCUGAACAACUGCCUAAGCCUUUAUCACCUGUCUCACGAACAUGGUCAUCAAGCUCUGCAGCAAGCGGCCUUGGGCUACAUCAGCCAACACUUUGGACACCUUGCUGAGAAAGAUGACUUUCUGAGCCUGGAAUUCAACCCAAUGGUCGGCCUGAUCAGCUCCGGCAGCCUGGAAGUGGACUCCGAGCUGACAGUCUACCAAGCCGUCCGCAGCUGGGCAGAGCACGAGACGGCAACACGCCUCCCGCUAUUUACGGAGCUGCUGCAGCACGUCCGCUUCCCCCUGCUGACUCCCAGGGAGGUCAUGGAAGUCCAAGCCGACAUCUCAGAGUAUUACAGGCACCUGCGUCUGCGGUGGAAGGAGCUGGACGGGGCAGGAAGGCUGCUGGAGAGCGGGGGGCUCAGGAAGGGCAUGUACAAUGACUGUUUUGUCUGCGUGGAGCUCCAUGAAAACUGGACCCAGGAUGGAGACAGCCCGCACUCUUACCUGCACUGUUUUGACCCUCACGCAGAGAAGUGGGAGAACUUGCCACCACUGAGGUAUCUGAGUUAUUCCGGAUGCACAUCCUUGGAUUUCAGACUUUAUCUGUCCGGAGGCCAGACGGGGGACUGCACUUUCGUCGACAGCCUGUAUGAGUACAAUGCUUUGACGGGCCAGUGGACUCAGCUUCCAUCAAUGUCCACCCCCCGGGCAGUGCAUCCCUUGCUAGCUUGCGACAUGAAGCUCUACGCUCUGGGAGGCUGCGGCGAUAAGGGUCCGCUGACUUCUGCCGAGGCCUUCAGCGUGAGCCAGGGCGCCUGGGCUCCCAUCUCUAACGUGCCCCUCGCUUUGAUGUACCCAGCUUCCGCUGUCCUCAAGAAUAAGCUGUACCUCGUAGGAGGGAAGGCCUCCAAGAGCUACAGGGGCCUGCUUAUCUAUGACACCAAGACCGAUUGGUGGAAUGAGGUGCUCAUGGAGUUCGCCUGCUAUGGAGCGGCCGCCGUCUCGGUCAGCACCGGGGUGUACGUUAUCGGUGGGUACACAGAGGAAAGGGACAGUUUCCUGGCCCACAGUGCGGUGGCCACAGAGGACAUCCCUUUCACCACCAAAGGGAGCUUUUAUCUCCAGGAAGAUGGUCGAGUCGACUGGGAAGUCACCAUCCCCGAGCUGCCGGUGGCCUUGACUUUCGCUUGUGCGGUGGAACAGCGAGGGAAGAUUUACCUGCUAGCUGGCAAAGACGAUAAUCGCUCGUACAACACCUGUUACAGCUGGGUGCCACAGGACUCGAGCUGGACCCAGUGCCCGGAGGAAAUCCCCACGAGCAAUGAGGGGAGGAUAUUCAACUGCGCAGUCUUGAAGAUGCCCAAAAAGCCGAUCCGGUUCCUUCUCCUGGAGACUUCAGUGGCCUCGACAGUCGUCGGGGUGGAUGAGACCAAGAAAGGGCAAUUGAAUUCUUCUUCCAGGGAGGGCUGCAGCCUUAACUGCUGCUGGGGUGGGCGAUAG